GAGACAGGAUCUGCACCUUUCACCUCUCACAAAAAUUAACUCAGGGUCUGCGCCUGUGCGGGUGCCGGCUUGCGGGCUCGCUCACUCGCGGUCUUGAGGGACGCCUGGGGCGAUGGGUUGGGGAAAUGGACGCCUGGAGAACGGAAAUCUAAUUAUCAAUAUUGACUCCAGAAGAGAGAACCUAACAGACCAAUAACAAUGGAAGAAAUUGGGAAAGUUAUCAAAAAGCUGUCAUCUGGCAAAACACCAAGCCCAGAUGGUAUUACAGGUUAAAAAAAAUUCUUCAUGAAGAAUAAAAAUCUUAAGCAACAUGAUGGAUUCAGAAGCUCAUGACAAGAGGCCACCAAUUCUAAAAUCUUUAAAACAAGAUGUAUCACCUCACAUUACAAAUUUUGGUGAAAUGAAGCAUUACUUGUGUGGCUGCUGUGCAGCUUUCAACAAUGUAGCAAUCACAUUUCCUGUUCAGAAGGUCCUUUUUCGGCAACAACUAUAUGGCAUCAAAACCCGGGAUGCGAUACUUCAGUUGAGGAGGGAUGGAUUUCGAAACUUAUAUCGUGGAAUGCUUCCCCCGUUAAUGCAAAAAACAACCACACUGGCACUUAUGUUUGGUCUGUAUGAGGAUUUAUCCUGCCUUCUCCGCAAGCAUGUCAGUGCUCCGGAGUUUGCAACCCGCAGCGUGGCAGCAGUACUGGCAGGGACAACAGAAGCAAUUUUCAUUCCAUUAGAAAGAGUUCAGACAUUGCUUCAAGAUCACAAGCAUCAUGACAAAUUUACAAACUACCAGGCUUUCAAGGCCCUAAAAUACCACGGAAUUAGAGAGUAUUAUCGAGGCUUGGUGCCCAUUCUUUUCCGCAAUGGAAUCAGCAAUGUCCUUUUUUUUGGCCUUCGAGGUCCCAUUAAGGAGCAUCUGCCUACCGCAACGUCUCACAGUGCUAAUUUGGUCAACGAUUUUAUCUGUGGAGGUCUUUUGGGUGCCAUGUUGGGAUUCUUGUUUUUUCCAGUUAAUGUUGUAAAAACUCGCAUACAGUCUCAGAUUGGUGGGGAAUUUCAGUCUUUCCCCAAGGUUUUCAAAAAAAUCUGGCUAGAACGGGACAGGAAAGUGACAAAUCUUUUCAGGGGUGUCCAUCUGAAUUACCAUCAGUCCCUCAUCUCUUGGGGCAUAAUCAAUGCGACUUAUGAGUUCUUGUUAAAGAUUAUAUGAAAAAAAUCAUCAGUUAAGUGCCAUUUAUCAACUGAAUGCCUAAGAAGAAUGCAGUUUGGCCUCUUUCCUAAUUGGCCAACUACAAGUUGGUGUCUUAAGUCCAGGCCACAGUGAGUUAUGGGCAAAGCUGUUUUCCUUAAACAAAAACAGAAUAAAAAGUUUCAGUGGGAAAGUUUAAGGUUUUUUGUUUUGCUUUUUUAAAAUCAUUAUCCAAGAACUGUAGGCCAAUUACCUGCUAAAUAGCUGUCCAUCUGAUGGCCUUUGAUAGGGAGCCUAAUACCCAACAUAUGAUUCCUUUUCUCGAAACAGUCUAAACCUUCUGUAUUGGAACAUAAAUGGCCAGGACCAGCCAGGGAAAAGGCCCCUAAGCCCCGGGAUUUCUCAAGCUUACUUUACUCCAUGUCUUGCUUCUCUGCUCUCAGCAGUUACAAUGGAUAGUCUUCAUAAAACCCAAGCAUAUGACAAAGGGGCAGAACUCAAGAGAAAAACAGCUUACGAGCUUUUGAAGACCAAACUGCAAAUACAUUACCAGAGAUGGUUUUGUGUUGUCCUAUAGACUUCUUAAAUUUGACAAAACAAUUGAACAGAACUUGUAACCAACAACUUUGAACUUUAAGUCAAAAUGUGUUAUUUAGAAAUUCUAACUAUUGUUUUUACCUUCAGUGUGAACUACUGUGGUAAUAAUUUUGAAAAGGCAAACACGAUUGAACAACUAUCUGAAAAGCUUUAAAAGUGGCCUUUCUGUUACAUAUGUGGCACAAACAGCUCAUGAGCGCAAGACACUUCUGUGUCAUACUUUUUGUCUGAUGCCACCAGAAAUAUUAUAGAUUCUGUAUUUGACAUGGUUAGAGUGGUAUGAGCCUUCAGGACUGCACCACAGAAUAAACACAACCUUUAUAUGGUGGCAUAUUUGUGUCUUUGUUUCAUUUGUGCUUAGAGAUGAAGUUGAUAUUUUUGUCUAAAUAGUUGAUUGAUACACAUCUUAAUAUGGUUGGCUCUGUAAUCACCUGCUACAUAUUGUGAACUGUGCAAUAAACACUAUUGUGUAUAUAUUGUUGCCUUUGGAUACCUGAAGUUCCCCAGCUCAAUUACAAUGGUGAUACUUGGUAUAAGGCUGUGCAAACAUGUAAGGGAAUGAUGGCAGUAGAUGGGAUAUAUGAAAUGGGAUCUAUAGGGCUUACUUCAGUGAAGCCAAUCAUGUUGAACUAAGAAGUAUGGUAGAGUGAGGGGUAUGCAGUCAUAAAAUGAAGGGUGGACAGAUUAUGUGAAGAAAGGGUAAGCACUCAAAUCUGGUUUCUUUUAAAAUAUUUGCUUUCUCAUGUGCAAAUAAAUGCAUAUCAAAGACUUGAACAGGCAUUCUCUCGAAAUUUGAGAAUUUUUAGUUUUUAGUGCUUUUUGCUUAAUAUUUGUUGCCUAAUGGUUCCCAAAUUAUAUGGGAGUGUCUACAUGUUUCCUCUUAAAAUUUCAUUUUUAAAAGUAGUUAAGCACAUAAAGCUAUUUUUGUUUAAUAUUUUGAGUUUUGUGACUGAGUUAAGUGAAAUCUGUUAAAUGUUUCAGAGUUAACAUACUUUUGGGUAAUUGUUUGGAAUAAAGUUUUUUAAACCCCCCAAAAAAAAUUAACUCAGGUGGAUAACAGAUUUAGAUAUAAGGCUUGAAACUGUAAGAAUUCCAGAAGAAAAUGUUGGCAAAUCUUUUAUAGACAUUGGCCUAGGCAA